CUACUACUUACUGCUUAUAUUGUAGUUGGUUUUUUUUUCCUUUUAUUUAUUACGUAAUUAUGGGUUAUGCUUCUUUAUUAUUGUAUUUAAUGCAAACAGUGUUUUAUAUGAGUGAAAGCUCUACAGCUCUGUUUGUUUCCUUUUCUUCGUGCUGCUCUGUUUUCCACAUUCUUGAAUAGAAAAAGGAUUUUGGGUUGCAGAAUUCUCAUUUUUUGGCAGCUGGGCUAGUUGGAUCAGAACAUUUGGCAUUUAAGCUGCAGCUCAGAGUAAACAGCAGGAGACUGCCCAUUUAGGUUGAAGUUUUUUUAUGAUCAGAUGAUUCUUGAAAGAUGUCUUGCAAGCAUGCUUCUGGUUCUAAUUGGCAUGUUUGCCAAUGUGCUAGGUGCAUUCGUUGGAAUAAACAUAGGUACUGAUGUUUCCAGCAUGCCGUCAGCUUCAGACGUGGUUGCUGUCGUCAAAGCCCAUCAAAUUACUCACAUACGCCUUUAUGAUGCUGACUCUCACUUGCUGAAAGCCUUCGCGGACAGUGGGAUUGAAGUUACAGUUGGUGUGACAAAUGAGGAAGUCCUGGGAAUUGGAGAAUCUGCAUCUGCAGCUGCAGUCUGGAUCAACAAAAAUGUUGCAUCCUAUGUGCCUUCAACCAACAUUACAGCCAUUGCUGUUGGCAGUGAGGUUCUUACCUCAAUCCCCCAUGCUGCCUCAGUUUUAGUUACUGCUAUGAAUAACCUCCACAAAGCUCUUGUGGCUUCAAAUCUAAAUUUCCAGGUCAAAGUUUCAACCCCCCAAUCCAUGGACAUCAUCCCCAAGCCUUUUCCCCCCUCUACUGCUGCCUUUAAUUCUUCAUGGAACUCCACAAUAUACCAGCUUCUUCAGUUUUUGAAGAACACUAACUCCUAUUACAUGUUAAAUGCCUAUCCCUAUUAUGGUUACACUAAUGGAAAUGGCAUUUUUCCAAUUGAUUAUGCUCUUUUCAAACCUCUUCCCUCUGUCAAACAAAUUGUUGACCCAAACACUCUCUUCCACUACAACAGCAUGUUUGAUGCAAUGGUUGAUGCAACCUAUUAUUCUAUUGAUGCUCUCAAUUUUACUGGGAUCCCUAUUGUUGUCACAGAAACAGGUUGGCCUUGGGAAGGUGGAUCCAAUGAGCCUGAUGCCACUGUGGAAAAUGCUCAGACCUUCAUUAAUAAUUUGAUCCAGCGAGUUUCCAAUAAUUCAGGUCCACCUAGUCAACCAACUAUUCCCAUCAACACAUACAUUUAUGAAUUAUUUAAUGAAGACAAGAGACCAGGGCCUACCUCUGAGAAAAACUGGGGGGUGCUUUUUCUGAAUGGCACUGCUGUUUAUCCUCUUAGUUUGAGUGGUUCUAGACAGAUUACUGGAAAUUCUACUACAGUUUUCUGUGUGGCAAAAGAUGACGCUAGUGAAGAUAAGUUGCAAGAUGGGCUUAACUGGGCAUGCGGGCAAGGCCAGGUCAAUUGCAGUGCUAUACAAUCAGGGCAGCCGUGUUAUCUACCAAAUAACAUAAAGAACCAUGCAACGUAUGCUUACAAUGAUUAUUAUCAAAAAAUGCAUAGCCUUGGUGGGACAUGUGAUUUUGAUGGGACAGCUACAACUACUACUAAUAAUCCGAGUUAUGGGUCUUGUCUAUUUGCAGGAAGUUUAAAUUCAACCACAGCUAGAGGUGGAGGGAUUUCAUCUCCUGAAGCUUUUGGUCCUAUAAGUCCUUUUGGAAAGAGUACAAAGCUUCCUGUUUCCAAGUUUCAGUUUCUAAUCUCAGCAGUUUGUCUUGCUGUAGUCUUGUUAUAACUCGCAAGUAUAUUGGCGGGAUUAAAAUAGUCUCCAACAUGACAAUGUGAUGAAAUCACAGUACAACGUGAAGUUGGAUGCAGAAUGUAAUGAGUAUCACAAAAGCUCAAUCUUCAUGGCGCUGUUGGCUUAUUCAUGGUUACCAAUUUUGCUUGUGUUUUUAAGUUGGUCUAAUCCCAGUUUAUACUCAUAGCCCACCACUCCCAGUUAUCAGGUGCCUUGUGGGGUUCUUUGUAUUGUAUGAUCUUCAAGUGGUAGCAGUAGCCAUCCUAGUUCUAGCAUUGAUUUUUUUGGGGCAUGAGUAAACUUGGAUUUGUUACCUUGACAUUGACAAUGGAAAUGCAAUUCAGUUCUAUUUUCUCUUGUUUCA